AUGACCGGCUCAGCAAGCGAAUUCGCCAACACAGACGAGGCGACCGAACCCCUCGACACCAGUAUCAGUCGACCUGACACAUACGCCGCCCACGCAAACGAAUCCGCGAGUCGUAUGCAAGAGAGCAUCGCUCGCCACUUAGAACCAGGUGAUACACGAGCAACCUCCCGCCGAUUGUCCGAUACGCCCGAUUCCGUGCGAAGUCUUUUUCACCGUGAAUCGGAGGGUGAAGAGGGAGGUGAAGAAUCGAAAUCUGUUUUGGAGACUGUGCAUGAGUAUGUGGCGAAGGCUUUAGGUGGUGGGUCAAGAGGUGCAGAGUAG